AUGUCCACGGGGUUCUCCUUCGGGACCGGCACGCUGGGCUCCACCACCGUAGCCCCCGGCGGGACCGGCGCAGGCGGCGGUUUCUCCUUCGGGACGGGGCAUCUAGGUGGUUUUGGAACCGGGCUCUUUGGAACGAAACCUACCACUGGGUUCACUCUGGGAGGAACAAAUACAGGGAUUGUCAUUGGUGUCAGACCUAAAAAAUGGAAUAGCAGCAACUAUAACUACAGGAUUAACUCUGGGGAUAGUAAAGCACUGAAGGAUGAAAAUCUCCCUCCUGUCAUCUGCCAGGAUGUUGAAAACCUCCAAUGUCCUGGAGCUUCUCAUCGGAGACUUGCCCUAGAAAGGAGGAAAACUGAUAAAGCUCAGACAGAGAUUGAGAAUGAAAAUGGAACCACUGUAAUAGAUCUUCCAGGUACUUUAUCCCUCGAAACGGACUGUUCAGGGACAGGCAUAUCACCUGCUGAGUGCAGCUUGAUAUCAGCGUCUCUGCCCCCAUGGCCCGAGGAGCCUGGCCUGGACAACCCCGCCUUGGAGGAGAACACGGCCACAGACACUAUGCAACAGCCGGUUAGUUUUCCAGAAGGCAAAAUUACUACAAUUGAAAUUCACCGGUCUGAUCCUUAUAUUCAGCUAGGAAUUAGGAUUGUGGGCGGAGGUUUAGCGCCACUGAACAACAGAUACAUUGUUAUCCAGGAAGUCUGUCGGGAUGGGGUGUUCACCAAAGAUGGAAGACUUCUUGCUGGAGACCCAAUUCUUCAGGCUAGUGGCGACAGGGUGGAUUUAACAAUUGCUAGGCCGGGGAAAUCCCAGCCUGGUAACCCUGUCCAGGACACAGGAGCUCAGGGUAGCAGCCAGCACCAUGCACAGCCGCUGUACCACAACAGACCCAGCUCACACAAGAUGAGGCCUCGAGUUUGCAUGUUUUCAUUCAUCUGCCCUCAGGGAAUCCUUGUGACAAACUGGUAAGAUUUAAAUGAGGGCUGUUACUCUGUUGGAAAAGGUGAACACAAGGUGUUUGGGGGUGUGGAAUGUGUGUUUGGCUACCUUGAGAGUCCCUGUACAGUCUGUUCCUCAGCCAGUAGGGGUGGUUUCUUAGUAAGAAGGUCCCUCUGC